AUGGAUUCUGGUAUAUCAAGAAUCACUUAACUAGGAUUCGAAAUCAAGGCUACUUUUUCGACUUUAAUUUGUUCAAACAUUUUCCUUACAUUUCUAUUAUUGAUCUAUGACUUAGCAAACUUUAACUUCAUUCCAGUUAAUAAAUUGCAAAAAAUUAUGUUUCAUAAUUAGGAAUUUUUGAAGGACGAUCCAGAUGAUGAUUCAGAUGAUUAUUACCCAAUAAACAUGUUUUUUCAUUAAAUGGGAUACCAAAGCAAAAAUUUCAUAAUAAACACAGGAUUAUUAUUCUUUAUAGGACUUCUGUAUAAAUUUAAAAACCUUUAAGCAGAAAAUUAAAAGAACAGAAUUGGAUCAUUGUACGAAACCCUAAACUUGAAAUCGAGAUGGACAAUGAUUUGGUUAACUCAGCCCAAAGACUAAAUCUUGGAUGGUUUUCAAUUGGUCUAACUUCUCUCUAUCUAAUUACCAAUACUAUGA